CCAAAAGUUUUUUAUUAUCAUUUUGAAUUUAAGAGAUUCAAAAUUCGCGCCGCUGGACAUGCGCCGCAUGCGCGCGACUGCGCCGUAUGCGCGCGAUUUUCUUAUGUUUUAUCUCCUGUUUAAAUUAGCGAGAAUUGUCGUUCAUUCUUGCUUUAGCGACUUGUGCGUGAAGAGCUAAGAAAUUUUCUCGAGCGACAAUUAUUGAUCAUCAAUAAUUAUCUAUCUUGCAUUGCAAUCUUGUUUGUUCAAUUGUCAAGUGUAGUAAGUGUAAUAUUAUGUUUUAACAAAAAUACCAAUUUGUAAUAAACAAACUUGCUCCUCAGAAUCCAAUCGUUGAUAAGUCGAGAGGCAAUUCCUGGAAAAGCUGUACACCGCGCCCACCUCGCCUGCGUACAUCUGCGGCUAGAAGGAGGCUGUCCAGGCGGCUGUACAGGAAAGCCCAGCCUUAUCAGCUGCGAGUGAAAAGCUGACAGUUCAUCAGUCUCCAGCAACAUCAACUGGAAGACUCUCAACAUUUCCUUUUUAUUUGCCACAGAUUCCCAUCGUAUAAAUUUACAGUUUUUGUUUACAAUAUAUUUGUAGUUGCAGGUUCACAAACGGAGAGCAGAUUUAAGAAACUGACCAUCCAUCGCACUUUCCAAUAACAUCAUCUUGGAGGACUCUCAACUGGAUUGCUAUCUAGCAGGUGUAUUAACAAAAUCAUCGCACGGACGGAGGUUCAUCAGAAGGUUGGAGAGCUUCGGUGCCUUUUAAGGGUUCAAGGUUAUUGUAAAAAAACCUUUUCUAUACUUUUUAUUUGAUAUAUAGAUAAGUACUUGUAUUUUUUUUAUACUUAGACUACUAUAGCAUAGAUAUGUAUAAAUUAAAGUCCAUGCAGAGUAGUCGUAAGUCUUUAGACGAGUGUAGUUUCGAUCACAGGGCUCGUAUGAAGAGGUUGUAUGAUAGGGCUCGUCACGACAAUUCUCAAAGUACUAGUGGUAGAAUUAGAGAAGAUAUUGCAGCUGAAAGCGAUCGCAUUUCCAAUGCUAGUAACAGUUUAGAUGACCGUAUGAUUGGUGAUGAGGAUAUCACGGAUGAUUUUGCUAAUGAUAUGAUCCAUUCUGACCGUGCCUCUUCCAUCGAAACGCUUAAUUCAUCGAUUAGCGAUGAUGAUCGCAGUUCAGUUUGUAGUGAACCUCAUGAAAACUUGGAGGAUUUCGAGAAUAGGCUAGCUGUAGCUUUUACCGAUUGCAAUAUGUCUCAUAAACAAAUCAAUGAGGUAUUGCACGUUCUGGGAACACAUCGUUGUUUCGCAAAUCUACAUAGGGACGCUCGUACAAUUUUAAAAACUCCUAUCAUGGCUCAUCCUCCAGAAGAAAUAGCCGGGGGGGAUAGAUAAGAAUACUUACAUUUAGGUGUUGCAAAAGUUUUAAUUAAAAUUGUUUCAUCUACUCCUAUACAUGAGGUUCCUGAUGUUCUAGAAAUAGAUAUUAGUACUGAUGAAGCAAGUUUAGAUAAACAAAGCAAAAUCUUGAUGUGGCCUAUACAGGUGCGUAUAGCUAACAUUUUCAAGAGUGCUCCAGAAAUUGUAGGUAUUUUCAAAGGUUCGAAAAAACCAACGAGUGCUCGCGUUUUUUUGGAAAAAACAGUCCAGGAAUUAUUCCAGAUUCUUCAAGAGGGAAUCUAUGUUAGGAUUUUAGUUAGUCCUUGGUGCUCUCAGGAAAAUGUUGAUUUUGCAGAACAGUGCAUUCAAAUAUUUGUUGGUCAUGCUUCACAAAUAUACGGUAUCGAAUUUCUUUCCUAUAAUACGCAUGCUCUAUUACAUCUUCCUGAUGAUGUAAGAUCUUUUGGACCACUUGAUGGUUAUUCAGCUUUUCCUUUUGAGAACAAUAUGACUUAUUGUAGAAAAUUAUGUCGGAAGCCAGGUCAACAUCUUCAACAAAUUGCAAAUAGGAGAUCAGAACAUUGUCAAGUCAAUCGUCAUGAGAGGAUAAAUACAAAUAGUUUGAAAUUCGUUGGAAGGCAUUUUAAUGGUCCAGAGCCGUUGAUCGAUUGUAGCUAUACUCAGUACAGGAAGAUCAUUAAAGGGCCACUUCAAAUAUCAUUUCAUCAACAUGAUAAUACGGUUAUUUUAGAAAACAGAUCAAUUUGUAUUGUGCAAAAUGUUAUUAAAAUGGAAAAUGAUGAUUGUUACUUAUUAGUAAAGCCUUUUGAAGUAAUCGAAAAUUUUUUUGAGAGUCCUCGUGCUUCUACAUCAAUUGGUGUUACACUGUGUUCGCAGUUAUCUUCUCAAAUUUCUCUCGUUAAGCUUGAUGAGGUGGUAGCUAAAUGUUUUAGAAUGCCAUACUGGGCAGAACUUCCGGCAAAAGAUGUAGUUCGUGAUUUUCAUAUCGUAGUUAGUUUGUGGUCUUCGCAUGAAACACUCGCUUAGUUUAAUUUCUUUUAGUAUUUAUAUCAAUUUUUCUUAUUUAAUAUUUUUUCAGAUUACUAAUAUUAUUAGUAGUAGUAAGAUUAUUGCAAUCAUUGUCUCUUAAUUUUAACUGUAUUAAUUAUUGUAAUUUAAUUACUUAGAUGAGUCUCAACAAAAAUCAAGGAGCACUGGAUCCUCGCAUUGCAGACCAAAAUCUGAUGCGGAAAAUGGCUUCGCUGAAAUCUUUUUCCACCAGCAGCUCAAGGAAGCAGAGUGGAAAUCAGCAGCUGCCUCCACGACCACUGCCUCGCUCUGAUUCUAGGGCACACAAAACACCUGCACAAAAACCCGACAACCAUCCAUACACAGCAACUCAAUCACAAACACCACCACAGAAGACACCUACAACAUACAACCGAACACCGCAUACAGUCACGAAACAAUCACUAAAUUAUCUACAAACACACAAGCAACAGCUACCAAACGUUGCACAAACACAGAACGUACAACGCACACAAACAACAUUACAAGAACUCUCGACACAGACACACAAUCCAUCACACGUACAGCAAUUUCAUCGUCGUUUUGUUUCAGAUGUAGUUGGUGCAGUAGAUGGUUCUGAAUUUAUUCCGACAAGAAAAUCAUCCCUUCCACUUGCUUCAUGACCAUCAGUAUCUUCAGCUUCAGCCCAGCUUGCAGCUCCAGAGAAAAACUUAAUCUACGACGCGCUUCUCAGAAUUGAGGAAAAAAUGACGUUGUUCGAUACAAGGCUACAAAACCUCGAAGAACUUGCAACCAAAAUCUAUACAACGACGAAACGAGAGACGAAGAAGAAGAGCAUGGUUAGAAAAGAUCGUCCGGCAUUUCUUCCGUUCUCGACAAAAGAAGAUCUUCUUCUCUUCGAUGAUGCGUCGGAAGACGACUACAAUGCUUUUGUGGACUAUCUAAGUUAUCUGGGAGGAGGCAAUACGUCAGCUGCAGCUUCCACGUAUUUUAGAAAAUGCAUCAAGAUGACAGAAGAUCUUUUUUCCAAUCUCACCUGGACUGGAUCGAAAAAACAAAAACUCAUUUCGAGCGUGCGGGAGGGAAUGGCUAUUCCCUCCCGCACGCUCGAAAUGAGCAGCUUGCCAUUCACUUUAGAGGCAUGGAAACGGGUCUUUUUCAUGCACGUGUUAAGAAAAAAAUUUUACAUCAAAGAAAAUCGAAUGGGUUGAGUUGUUCGCAUAGUUUCAUUAUAACACGAGCGUUCAUGCGAGCCAUAAGUUCACACCACAUGAACUAGUUUUUGGUUAUCCAGCUAGAGUUCCAUCUAGCGAAACAUUAAAAAAAUCAGAGUAAUUGCCAACGUUUAAUGGAUAUUUAGAAAAUCUUGUAUUAAAAAUGCAAGAGAUGGCAAAAUUAGCUCGAGAAAAUUUGAUAGAUUCAAAAUUAAAAUCAGAAGCAUAUUAUGAUCGAUUUAUAAAUCCAAUCGACUUAAAAAUUGGUGAAAAGGUCUGGUUAAUAAAAGAACCAAAACCAGGAAAAUUGGAGAAAAACCAUAAUUUGGGUCAAUAUGAGAUCCUGAGAGUACAUGAAAAUAGUAAUGUAACUAUUAAUUACAAUGGAAAACCAAAAACAGUUCAUACAAAUAAAUUAAGUCGUUGCCAUAUUUUAUACUAAAAUAUUUCUCUUUCUAGGAAUAUGGACAACAUGAUUAUUCAAAUGAUUAUAAUUUUUACGCUUUUUCGAAACAGUCACGCUAUAAUAGGAUACGACUGCGGCACAACAACACCAAACAUAACAACAUUCUCUCUACUGGACUCACGAGAAUGCGACUUCCACAAUACACAAGUAAAUUCAACAAGCGUCAACAUCGAGCUGAUAGAAGUCGCUGAAUUCCGAGAAGUCACGGUAAUACAAUGUAAAAUAGAAAUCCACCGAACAGUAUAAGCUGUGGAAUCUUCGGACAUCUUAUUCCUACAGAAAAUGGAGAGCAGGAAUAUAUUUAUGAAGUAAGUCAUGAACAAUAUAAACUUAUUCAUGAUACAGGAAUUUUUAAGUAUGAUAAUAUUCACACAAUAGCAAAUUAGAAGGUAAAUUGAACAAUUACAAAAGGAAUAGAUUUUGCUGGAAGUGCAGAGGGCAACUCUUGCUCAGGUGCAUCUUACGCUGAUAGUUUUGGAUCCUAAGGUAUUUGAUCAUGGCUUAAUUAAAAUAACGUUAAUUCAAAAUAGUAUUAAGGUUAGUUUAAAAAAUGAUAAAUUAAGAUUAAGCUCAGGAACGGUGUGUAAAUUUUCUGAAAAACAUUGUAUAGAUAUGGAAGGAGGACACAUGUUUUGGGAAGUUUUACCGCAAGGGGAAUGUUUUAGAAACUCUUUUGAUAUUCUUUUCAAAGGGAUAGCAACAAAAUAUUUUAGCGAUACUAAUCAUGAAAUUUUUUGCGCACUAAAUUAAAAUGAAGUAACGUUCGCUUUAGCUAUUAAGGAUAACAGAACAUCCAAAAUUACUAAUCAUAGAAAAGAGUAGUUAUUUAAAUGCGUAUUAUUUCCAAAGCGAUAAAAUUAGUAAUAUAAAUAGCGUAAACUUAGAUUUAUUUACAUAUGUUAAUUCGAAAUUUGUAUAUGUAGAAAAGCAUUCAGGGAAGCAGCUAAAUAAUUUAUAUUUUAAUUUAAUAACGGAAAAAUGUGAAAUUGAAAGAAAGGUAAUCCAAAAUUCCUUAGCCAUAGCCUCUCUUUCCCCGGAUGAAUUUGCCUAUAGUAUUAUGAAAAAACCUGGAUACAUAGCAAGAAUUGCAGGAGAAGUGGUACAUUUAAUAAAAUGUGUACCAAAAACAG